UUCAUCUUGCUAGUGUAGUUUCUCAUCACUUGUGAUCAAGAUCUCUAGCAGGUACAGAGAGGACUGUUCUCUGGACAAAAUGAGAAUACAGGUCUUCUUUGGAAUCCUGCUGAUUUUCACACAAGCUGCCAUGGGUUUGCUGUUUCAGGAUCCUGUUGUCUGUAGAUUUAAUGAGAGUAGUCAGUGUUAUGUAGCUCUGGGACAACGACUGCACCUGCAAAUUCCCCUGGAGGAUGGGAUUGAACUAAAGAUCACAGACAAGACAUCUACCACUCGUUCCAUUUUAAAAUAUAGAAAAACCCAAAGUAAUCCACCAAAACCAAAUGACCCAAGAUGGCAGUUUGUUAAAGAUGAUAAAACUUUGAUACUAACCAGUGCAGAGAGGAGCGACUCUGGAACAUACACUUUAGACAUCUUUGAUGCAAAUGGGAAUAAUAAAGGCAUUUAUACUCUCCAGCUGUACGUUGAAGCUGAGGUGUCCUCAGUGAAAAUGUGGUACAGCUGCUUGCUCCCUGGAGUCAUGAAAGUUUACUGUUCUGCUGAUGGAGACAACCUCCGCUUCAACUGGACUUCUGAUUUAAACACAUUCCCUCAACUGGAGAAUGGGACCAGCACUGUCAUACUGAAUAAAGACCAUCAUGGAAGUGUCACCUGCCAUUCAGAAAAUCACGUCAGCCGUAACCACAAAACCACUGAAGUCCACCCAUGUCCUGGUUUGCUGUUUCAGGAUCCUGUUGUCUGUAGAUUUAAUGAGAGUAGUCAGUGUUAUGUAGCUCUGGGACAACAACUGCACCUGCAAAUGCCCCUGGAGGAUGGGAUUGAACUAAAGAUCACAGACAAGACAUCUACCACUCAUUUCAUUUUAAAAUAUAUAAAAACCCAAAGUAACCCACCAAAACCAAAUCUCCCAAGAUGGCAGUUUUUUAAAGAUAAUAAAACUAUGAUACUAACCAGUGCAGAGAGGAGCGACUCUGGAACAUACACUUUAGACACCUUUGAUGCAAACGGGAAUAACAAAGACAGUUAUACUCUACAGCUGAACACUGAAGCCAUGGUGUCCUCAGUGAAGGUGUGGUACAGUUGUUUGUCUGCUGAGGUCACGAAAGUGCACUGUUCUGCUGAUGGAGACAACCUUCAACGCUUCAUCUGGACUGCUAAUCUAAGCACUCUUACACAGCUGGGAAACGCGCACAGCACAUUCCUGUUGGAUAAAAACCAUCAAGGAAACAUUACCUGCCAUGUAGAAAACCACGUCAGCCAUGACCACAAGACCAUUGAACUCCACCCAUGUUCCGUGACCAGUUCCACACAAUCUAAUAAUGGCCUCAUGGUGUUUGUGUCUGUGUGGCUCUUUGAAGUUAUCAUCCUGCUGUCGCUGUUUGUUGGAGCAUUUUAUAUCUACACCAGAAUCUAUAGGCAACAGAUAAUAACCGAUAUUCAGGAAGCUCCGUAAACAUGGAUUAGGAACAGAAGAAGCAGUACCAAGCACUUGCUCUCCGCCAUCCCAUUAAUUCAUCCACCCUGAACCACCAGAAAAAUAUAACCAUCAGUAACAGAUGAGGAACAUAGAAAACUAUUUUAAUUCCCCAAUCCACAUCAACUUUUCAAAACCUAAACCAGUUUCAUGAUUCCUGCAGAUUUCUUGAUGAACCAAUUACUAGUUUUUAGAGUUGUUUCUCUCAAGCUAUUUUCUUUUUAUUAUUCUAAAAUACAGUUCUUAUUUAUGCACGACUCUUAGUAAUGAUUUAGUUCAUUAUUCACGUCUAUUAUUAAAUCAGUCUACUUAAGACAAUAUGCGAUGAGUUUUGUGACAGUGGAGACUUGGCAGUAUUUAGAGGAUCCAUGUGUGGAGUCCAGAAACUGCCCAGAAAUCAGCAUCCAUAAAGCUUUCCAUGUACAGAGUACAAAGUACAAAGAAUAUUGCAUUUUGUACUAUAAAAGAACUAUAAUAUAAUAUAAGUACAACAAAUAUACAAAAGCAUUAUAAAGCAAUAAAGAACAAGUAGUGUCACCCUGUGUCAGUAUUUUUCUUUCUUACUGAUUGGCCAAUCUAAGUGUUUGUGUUUGUAAAGGUAAAACUGUGUAGAGUAUAUGUAUAGAGUUAGGGCUGAUUUUAUAAUUAGCAUGUUACAGUGUCACUCACUUUCACAGUUUAAAUUGAGUUUCUUUGUAAUAUGAGUUUACUGGGAAUACAUUAGGGGAAAAAAAGAAAGUAAAGUUUGUGAUUGUGCAGGAUUAAACUGAUAUUAUAAUGACAGUUGGAGCUGAUAUAAAGCCUCUCACAUUAUAUUCACAGAUGUCACUAUAUUAUAAUUGUAGAUUUGUGUAAAUAAAUCCACUAAACAAUGUGACCAUAUCACCGUGUGUCAUGCAAACAUAAAAUAAAGGGAAUAUAUCCUGAUCAACUCACUUGUACUGCUAAUUUAUAGCUGUUUUAUUAUAGUGGAGACAUUUUAUUAGAGACAACAGCCUAAGAAACUAACAGUGUGAGUAGGUCUAAACUGAUAUUUUUCUGCCCAGAGAUGAACAGAAUGAACUAGUCUGUCCCUGGUCACCUCAGACAGUAUAAUUUUCAUAUCUGGAA